AUGGGUGGAGAGUGUGACAGCAAGGAAGAAAUGGUGGAUUUGACACCCACAUUGGAGACUGCUUCCGCGUUGAGUGGAGAGAAACAAGGUUCAAGUAUGAUGGUGGAGAAGCCAGGGAUCUGGCCAGAUAGCCGUCCUUGUUCAAGGAGAAGUCAGGGAUCUGGCCAGACAGCCAUCCUUGUACAAGAGUGUACAUCAGUUUUUGCAGGACUGUUGAACAGAUACGUUAAAUUUCCAACGGGGUUGGAAAUUGAAAGUGUAAAACGAAAGUUUUACAGUGUCGCCGGUUUCCCAAAUGUAGUUGGAGCAGUUGAUGGCACUCAUGUCAAGAUACAGGCACCACCAGACAACGAGGCAGAUUAUGUGAAUAGAAAGGGCUAUCAUUCCCUGAAUGUACAGAUGGUAUGUGAUGCAAAUUACAGGAUAACUGAUGUUAUUGCUAAAUGGCCGGGAUCUGUGCAUGACAGUCGAAUGUUCUCAGAGGGGAUCUUGUGCCAGAAGUUGGAGACUGGACAAAUUGAUGGACUGCUGCUUGGGGACAGUGGGUACCCAUGUCGAAAAUACCUCAUGACACCCUAUGCGAAUCCUAGAAAUCUGUCGGAGGAAAGAUUCAACACAACUUUGUGCCGCACCAGAGUGCUCAUAGAACAAACAUUUGGAAUGCUGAAGAGGCGCUUCGCAGUACUGAAAUACGGAAUAAGAACGACACCAGACAGAGCGGCUGUUUAUGUUGCCUCAUGUGCAAUGUUGCACAACUUUGGUUUUGAGCAUGGAGAUGUGUAUGGACGCCAAACAUACGAGGAUGAUGACAUGCCACAAGUGGACAACCAAGGUGUUGAUUAAUGGGCGGACCCAAAGGGAUUAUAUUACCCAAAGGCACUUUGCUGUUUGAACAAUCACCCUGUCAAUCAUUUGUCAUUGUUGUACGUGUAUAUUUUCAUAUUUCAGUUAAACAGUUACUAACUAUUUAAGAAAUAAGCAGAAAUCAUCUAAUUUUUAUAAACUUAAAUAUAAGAUUCUGCGAUCUAAUUUUUGUCAGCAUUUUUACAUAACUUGUUUCCAUGGAUUUUCAAAAAUUGGCUCGUUCCAAGAUAAAAAAUAAUAGUUUUCAAAACGUUCAAUCUGUGAGAGUGCAGCUUUAAUAUCUUUGAUAAUACCAAUUAUUGAAUGUAAUAUGCAAGGCUACUUAACAGGGAUAUGCAUUGAAGACAACAGGUUCCUUUAAGACAUUAAC